AUGUGUGACAAGAAUAUUUGCGGAAGACCAUUCCCAGAAACAGUCGUUGCUGGUCUUUCUACUCAAAAAUUAACCGUUGUGAGUAACAACAUAUCAAUCAUUUUUUCAAGAAUGAAAAUUCUUCUGUUGUAUUGUUGUUUGUCUCUGUUUUAUAUUUAUUGUUGGGCGCAAACUGAUGGAGCAGUAGAUUUUGGUGCCCGUUGUGAACCUUACAAUGGAGAUCCCGUUUGUAAAGGUGCUUUAUUAAAUGAUGGUGUUUCUGUUUAUAUUGCAAGUGGAUGGACACAACAAACUAUUUUAACAGAAUUAAAGAGUACCCAGUUCAAUCUGGGUUUGGUUUGUUCAAACACCACAAAAGAGGUUGCAAAACUUUCGCAAGCAUUCACUUGCAACCAAGCAUUUAGACCAUGUGUAGAAAUGACAUUGGAUGGUUCAGUCAACGGACAGACAACAGUUGCAAUCUUCCAAAGUCAGUGCUACGGAAACUGUAUGGAACUUCAAACAUCUUGUCAAAUUGCUGCGUUUUUGGAUUGUAAAGAGCUGUAUGCCAAGUCAACACUUCAAUAUUAUCCUCCAGUUUCAAAUACUUUUCCACUCUCAUGGUAUGGUGGUGUAAAUACAACAGAGACUUGUUUGGAUACAUCAAAGAUUGAUAAUAAUGGAACUGUAGUUCCAACUAAACAAUGUCCCGGAGAUUUAAUUUAUAGAAAUUCCACUGGUGAACAAAGAAAGAUUGAUGAACAGAAUGGAUAUGUAUUUGCAGGAGAUGAUCUAAAAUGUGUUUUCCCAUGUCCAGCUCCAUUGUUUACCGAUCGUCAAUGGAAGAUGUUUUUCGAUACCAUCACAGUAACAUCGAUCAUAUCUUUUAUAUGUACAUCUACAAUUAUUUUCACAUAUUUGGUUUUAAAUAGAAAAUAUGAUAGACAUGCAAUUUGUAUUAUUUUUAUUUCAUUUGGAUUGUGGACUAUCAAUUUAACAGAUAUGAUGAUGAUAGGAGGUGGUCGAUAUAAUAUAAAUUGUCCAGAACCUGGUCGUGGAGGUGUUCAGUCCGAUGUUAUGUGUGCAGUCACUGGUUCCAUUUUCCAAUUUGGUUGUGUCACUGCUAUUCUGUGGUGGUCUACAAUGGCAUUCGAUCUUUGGUUGGUUUUGAAGAGAGUCAGAACUCAAAGAUCCUACGAAAAGUACUAUAUGGUUAUUCUUACAUUAAUUGCGAUUUUCCUCACCGUAUUACCAGCAGGACAAAAGAAAUAUUCUUCUACAUUUGGUGGAUUAGGUUGUUGGAUAGGAGAGAAUAAUUAUUUGAAUGGUGUAUUUUGGUUCCCAUUAACUUUUUGUUUAUUGUGCGGAAUUGUAUUUAUUAUUUUAAUUCUACGUGAAGUUAUAAAUGAAGCUCAAGACAGUAUCGAAGAUCAAAUGGGUAACUGGGUGAGGUGUUUGAUCAGAAAGGAAGCCGAUCCACUCGUGGAAUGCUCCCUGAAUCCAAUUCCAUUCGGAGGACAGUUCUUCUUUUACUUUUUCGUGCGUUUCCUGGGCAUAGAGCUGCUGAUUUUCUACGGUAUCAAUCGUCGUGCCAAGAAGAUCUGGAUGACAUCGAUUUUCUUCCACAACCGUUUCUAUUCGAUCACCUUCUCACAGAGUAAAACAAGCAUGAACUCCUCGACUCACACCAGCCAAAACGUUGGAAGUAUAAAGAUGAACAAGGGAUCACGUGCUACAUUCGACGAGGGUAGCAUCGAAGUAUCCGAUGUAAAUCCAAACAACGAAGACGACUCUACAUUCAACAAACCACGAUCGGAAACAGACGAACCAGCUCCAGCAACAACAGCUGGAGUUCAAGAUUCUUACAACAAUAAUAACAACAACAACAACAACAGCGCUGUACAAGAUAUAGAAGAAGGUGGUGGAAAUUACGAAAGCGAAGAUAGCUCUAGCGAAUAUGAAGAUAAUUGA